AUGCCAUUGGGAGACUGCUUACCAAACUUUAAUCUAGAGAAGGCGAUUUGCAACCAUGGAUUUUUUAUGAUGGCUCCAAAUAGUUGGAAUCCUUCAACAAAAACUUUACAACGUCCUUUACGACUUGCAGACUCUGCACAUUCCGUUAAUGUAUCAAUUUCACAUCCUUCAGGCGAAGACUUCCUUGCUGUUGAUGUUUAUGAUAAAGUUUCAUUAGAAGAUGAGCAAAGCAUAGUUAAACAAGUAGCAAGAAUGCUAAGGAUUUCUCAGAAAGAUGAGAUGGAUUUAAGAGAGUUCCAUGCAAUUCAUGCAGAAGCAAAAAAUAGAGGAUUUGGUCGACUUUUUCGCUCGCCUUCUCUCUUUGAAGAUAUUAUCAAAUCAAUUCUGCUCUGUAAUACAACGUGGCAGCGAACAUUGAGAAUGGCAAGGGCUCUAUGCCAAGUUGAAGCUGAAUUAUUUCCUAAUUCAUUGGGGAAUUUCCCAACCUCAAAACAAAUAGCCAGCUUGAAUGAACAUGUCUUGAAAAAACGAUGCAAGCUGGGAUAUAGAGCACGAACUAUUCUUCAAUUUGCCAAAAAUAUUGAGCUGGGGAAAAUCAAUAUAAACGAAUAUGAAGAACAUGUUUCGUGGAAGCCACUUUACAAAGCAUUGAAGAAGAAUAGAGGAUUUGGUCCUUUUGUGUGUGCCAAUAUCAUGUUUUGCAUUGGUUUUUAUAACAAGGUUCCAUCCGAUUCGGAAACAGUCAGGCAUUUGAAAGAGGAUGGAGAUGUUGGAAAGCUACGAGAAGAAUUUUGGGAAGCUGAGCGACUUAGAUAA